AUGUCCAAAUCAAUUCUCCUCCUCAAUGGCCCCAAUCUGAAUCUUCUCGGCACCCGCGAACCUCACAUCUAUGGGUCUGCAACCCUGGCGGACGUUGUAUCGUCUGCCGAAGAGCAAGCUACAAGCCUCGGAGUGCAACUGGAAACUUUCCAGUCCAACCAUGAAGGCGCCCUCAUCGAGCGUAUCCAUGCCGCCAGGGGAAACGUCGGGGUCAUUGUGAUCAACCCGGCCGGAUUUACUCAUACCAGUGUGGCCCUCCGCGAUGCCCUGCUAGCGGUCGACAUCCCUUUCAUAGAAAUCCAUAUUACGAAUACGCACACACGAGAAGAGUUCCGACACCACAGUUAUCUGACAGAUAAGGCAUCCGCUUUUAUUAUGGGUUUCGGGGUGGCUGGUUACAUGUACGCGAUUGAUCACGCCGCCAAGCUGUUGGAGUCAUCAGGACAGGCCAAACCUCUCAGCAAAUAG